ACGAGCUCACAGAGUUGCAGAAGCCAUUCGAUUCGGUGGUGGCUGCGACAUGUUCGUCCAAGGUCAAAUCCGAGGCGGCUUCGAUCACGGUUGGUUUCGUUCGGAACUCCGGUGACUGCUUCAAGCAAUCCCCGUCCGACCUCGCGGCUGUUGGCACCACGCUCGGCGAUCACAUCACCGCGGCGGUGUUUCCAAAGGCUCUGCAUCAUGUUCUGACCGUCGCCAACAUUCAACCUGCGACGCAGAGCUGGAUCUUUAACUCUCAGUUCGGCAGGGACGCGGGCGGGGCGUUCAUCCGCAUCAGUGCUGGUCAUUUGCAGAUGGUCCGGCUGCGCGGCGCGCCGCUCGGCGCGGCAGCGCGCGCCGACGGCGGCGAAGCUCGCUUGCAUCUCUCCGCCGACAAGAACCCUCGUCAAGUAAAGCUCGAGAUCCUCGGCCGCAAGACCACCCUGCAGGAGCACUUGCAAGUGCGCGAGGUAUAUUUUGACCGCGAUCGCGGCUGG